GUGAUCUUGUGGUUCUUCGUCCUCCACUCUCCUCCCAGCCUCCCCUUCUAUCCUCCCCUACCUCCGAAAUGGCCGAAGUCGAGAAUCUGCACGUCUCGUACAACGAUGUGCACAACAUUAUCAAGGACACCGCCGGCGCCAUCGUCCGCGAGUUCCAGCCCGAUCUCCUGCUAGCUAUCGGUGGAGGCGGUUUCUUCCCCGCUCGUGUCUUGCGCACCUUCAUCCGCGCGCAAGGAUCGCACAAGGCCAUCCAAAUACAAGCUAUUGGCCUCUCCCUCUACGAACCCGUUGAGGGCACCACCGCGCAGCAGAUCGGCACAGAGGUCAUCCGCACACAAUGGCUGGAAGACGCUGGAAAGAACCUGGUCGGCAAGAAGAUCCUCAUCAUCGACGAGGUUGACGAUACCCGCAAGACCCUCCAAUACGCCGUCUCCGAGCUCAAAAAGGACAUCGCAGCCGAGCUCGUCACCCGCCCCGAGCACGAGGCCGCCGUCCUCGCCACGCAGACCGCCUUCGGCAUCUUCGUCGUGCAUAACAAGAAGAAGGCGAAGAUCGGGCAGCUCACGGACGACGUGAAGUACUUCCCCGGGAUGGAGGUGGACGAUGUGUGGUUGGAUUAUCCGUGGGAGGUGCUGGACAUCGAGGAGCACGACCGUCUCGUGGCGGCGGACAAGGCGCGUAGGAAGGCGCGUGCGGGGCAGCAGGCGUCUUCAUAACGUACGGGAUGUCGCAUUCCGUCAACAUCGUGAGGGCAUGAGCCGUCGCUCCUCCACUGAAUUCCAGGGCUCACGCGUCGGACUGCAACAGGUCUCCUGCCCUUCUCCAAACCUCCAGCGAAUCGCCCCAGACGCGCGCACGAGCCUAUCAUUGCGUCCUGUGAUAUGCGAAGCAGAGAACAAUGGCAUCGACAUGUCGCCAGGUUGUAGUACAAAAUUGUAGUACCAGAUGUACCUUCUCUAUCUAUCGAUUAUUAUUUCUCAUCGUCCAAAC